AUUUACCACACUUUGAUGAUUGUCUCGUUUUGUGUUUUGUUUACAUCCGAAAUCCGAAAAGAAUAAAUAUUUUACUCCUGUUUUAUCAGGGUUUUUGGUAGAUUCAGCAUGAGUGAGGUCCCAAAAGAGCAGGACACAAUGGAGGUGGACUCGGGAGUGGACGAGGCCAACAAGAGCGUGAUGGCCCUGUCCAGUGGCGCCGGCAGUAUCAGUCUUUCCCUUCACCCGCUCGUGAUAAUGAACAUUUCUGAGCACUGGACAAGAACUAGGGCCCAGGAAGGCUCGGCCCAGCAGGUCGUUGGUGCUGUGAUCGGCAAACAGAAGGGCAGAAAUAUUGAGAUUAUGAAUUCGUUUGAGCUCAUGUUUGACUGGGUCGGUGAAAGCAUCAUCAUUGAUCAAGAAUACUACAAGACCAAAGUGGAGCAAUUUAAGCAAGUGUUUAGUGACAUGGACUUCUUAGGGUGGUACACGACAGGCGAGGCGCCAACAGACAAAGACCUCGAGGUGCACCGCCAAUUUGUAGAGUACAACGAGAGCCCUGUUUUUCUCAAGCUGAAUCCAAGUACGACCAUGGGGGACUUGCCCAUCACGGUGUACGAGUCAGUCAUUGACCUGGUGGGAGGCGAGGCCACCAUGCUGUUUGUUGACCUGCCAUACACUCUGGCUACCGAGGAGGCAGAGCGCAUCGGUGUUGACCAUGUUGCUAGGAUGACUGCCAAUGAGACAGGAGAGAGCUCUCUCGUGGCUGAGCAUCUGACAGCGCAACAUUCAGCCGUCAAAAUGUUGCACAGCAGGGUCAAGUUGUUGCUGCAGUACUCGAAGGCUGUGCAAAGUGGAGAGCUUCCCCUGAGACAAGACGUCUUGAGGGAUGCGUACAGCCUCAGCAAGCACCUUCCUGUCAUGGACUCAGAAAGAUUUAGGGCUGAUUUCUAUAAUCAAUCAAGCGAUGUUGGUCUGAUGACAUAUUUGGGCACCAUCACAAAAGGCUGCAAUGACAUCAACCAGUUUGUAAACAAAUUCAACAUUCUGUUCGAACGGCAAGGGAUGGGCCGCAGACCUCGGGGUCUUUUCUUCUAAAGUAAAAAAAUGUAAACCUUAGGAAAUAUAAAAUUUAUUGGAAUUGUAAUUUGUACAGCAAAAA